AUGCUAAUAACUGCUGAUUAUCCAUCUUCCUCUGCUUAUAGGGUUUGCUUCUUGAGACAUUGCUAUUCCAAUUCGUGUUUCAUAGUUCGUCGCAGAAGCUGCAGAGCUACUCUCAUAACGAAUUCCGAUUCGUUCGAGGUUGGAAGGCUAAUUGGCAGCUAUGGAUUCGUGAACAUCACUAGUUAUUCGGGGUUGCAGUCGAGGAUGGACAUGGAAAUUUCGCGUGAGGACGUGGGGAGAUUGAGGUCUCAGGAUGUUGGAGAAGGAAGUGUGAAAAUCAGACUUUAUGAAGGGAGAAUAGCUCAGGGUCCACUUAGAGGUACUCCUGUUGUUUUCAAGGUGAUUGUUGUUAUAUUCCUAAUUCCUUUAGUUUUUUAUAUUACCAAUUCAGAAAGUAUACCCUGCAAGAAUAUUCAAAUGCUUCUUGGAGGAUUUGAGACAAAAAUGGGUGAGCAGUGGCUUGCUUUCCGUUAUGAUGGAAAGUACACUGUUGCCGACUAUGCAAAGGUUGCUAGUGAGAAGAUGUCGAAUCUUGGAGUACAAAGACUAUGGAAUCCUUUUGAGAAAGAUGAAACUAUAAAGAGGAGAAGGUAUUAUGUUACUAAACUGCUUCAGGGAGUAAUUAGAGGCCUGUGUUACAUGCAUGACUGUGACAGAUUACACCAGAGUCUUGGACCUUCUUCUGUUGUUCUCAAUACAAUUGUAGAAAAAGAUGCUACUUAUCUUGUCCCUAAGUUACGAGAUCUUGCCUUUUCAGUUGAUAUAAGGCACACUGAGCUAGAGGGUGGGUCAAAGACAUUGUUCGAAGGACUCUGGAGAAGGGCAUCUGCUGCUGGUGCUUUCACUUCAAUGGAGAAACGAGCCUUCGGAGUAGCAGAUGACAUAUAUGAAGCUGGUCUUCUGCUAGCGUACGUAGUUUUCGUCCCAUUUUGUGAAGCAGGAGUCAUGGACAGUCUUUCAUUGCGAAGGCUUAUCGAGAACACGUUCGAACUCGAUGUCCAAGCCAUGAGAGAAUACUGUUUAGCAGAUGACUGUCUUAUCGAAGCAGUUAAAUUUUUAGACCUUGGUAAUUGUGCUGGUUGGGAGUUACUCCAGGCAAUGCUAAACCGUGAUUUUCGAAAGAGGCCAAUUGCAGAUGCUGUGUUGAACCAUAGAUUCAUGGCUGGGGCCUUCUUUUAA